AUGGUUAAAUUGGGUAUCGACACGUACGAAGAGCCUAUCAACCAAAGUGCACUCAAUGGCGGUUACACACCGCAAGGAUUUGUAACAGGGAUUAGUAUGAUGCACGUAUCAGGAACUGGCGGAGGCCCAAAGUAUGGUUUUCCAGCGCAGAUGCCGCUCACUGAAAUCGACGGAGACGUCAACUUGCUGGAUAAUCGUACAUACUGGCAGAAAAGGAUUGGCGACGACGUUGCCUCUGUGGGCUACUUUCGUUCAACACUGGAGUCGGGCAUAAUGAUAGAGCUUGCUGCUUCACGUCAUGCAGGGCUGUAUCACUACACAUAUUCUCCAUCAUCAGAGAAGCACGUGUUAGUUGAUCUCUCGCAUUACUUGCCACAUCCGACGCGAUCCUGGGAUUCGCAGUUCUAUACUGGUGGCGAGAUCGAGAUACAACUAGAAUCAAGGACCUACACUGGGUACACAUCCAUUGCGGGUGGCUGGUGCCUUGGUCCACCAGUAACAAUAUACGUCUGCGGCGAAUUCGAUAGUCCACCUGUCAGUGCGAAAGCAUUCAAGGGCAGAAACACGUUUCCGGUCGGCCGCCAUUUCCGCACUUUUGGCAACAAUACGAUACCACACCCUACCUAUACCGGUCUCCGCGCAAGAUCGGGACCCCUGAACGACCGGGUUGGUGCCAUCUUUACUUGGGAGAACAGCACUGAGGUAAAAUCGCGGGUUGGUGUAUCCUUGAUCAGCGUGGAAAAAGCUUGUGCCUACAAGAACUCGGAACUGGCGUCUUGGUCUAUCGAAGAGACUACGCAAGCUGCACGUGACGAGUGGAACCGAGAAGUCUUCUCCAAGAUCAGGGUCGAUACCUCUGACUCUGCCAACAAGACACGCAUUGCGUUACUGUACUCGUCAUUGUAUUUCAUGAACUUGAUGCCCAGUGAGCGUAUCGGCGAAAACCCACUCUGGGAAUCGGACGAGCCAUCUUGGGACGACUUCUACACUCUCUGGGAUCUAUUCAGAAACCAGGUAUCUUUGUGGCAUCUCAUAAUGCCAAGUUACUACGAGUCAAUGCUUCGAUCCCUGAUCGAUAUCUUCAAGAAUGAAGGUUAUCUUCCAGAUGGUAGAUCGGGCAACUACAACGGGCUGGUCCAAGGUGGUUCAAAUGCGGAUAAUGUCCUCGCAGAUGCUUAUGUGAAAGGCUUACGGGGCGCCAUAAACUGGACCGAGGGUUACGCUGCGGUCAAGAAGAAUGCUGAAGUCUUGCCAUUUUUCGAUGAGAAUCCUGUCGACAUAACAGGCUCUCUUAAAGAGGGUCGAUCAGCAUUGGACGACUGGAUUCCACUCGGCUAUGUCUCAGCCAACCGCAACUCGCGUGCUGUGUCCAAAACAGUCGAGUACUCCCUCAACGACUUCGCAGUCAGCCAGAUUGCUGCCGGAGAAGCACCAGAUGAGCAAGGUAUUUAUUUCCGACGCUCUGGUGGUUGGCAGCUUUCUUGGGAUGCCAAAGCUACAAGUCGUGUCUCAUUCGAAUAUUCGUUCGUUAUACCGCAUGACAUGGCGCGCCUCAUCGAACUCAUGGGUGGACCAGAUGGGUUUGAGAGUAGAUUGGACUACAUAUUCCAGCCAAAUACUUCUGGUGUUGAUCUUGGUGUCAAUGGCUUGGGCAUCACCACGAUCAAUAAUGUGGCAAACGAGCCGGACUUCCAGACGCCAUAUUUGUACAAUUACAUUUCUAAACAGUUCAAAAGCGUCGAGCGAUCGAGGCAGCUGGCGAACGACUUCUACUUCAACACCAGCACCGGUAUCCCUGGCAACUCCGAUGCUGGUGCGCUCAACUGCUGGUUGAUCUGGCAGAUGCUGGGCUUGUAUCCAGUUGUUACUACGCCUGUGUAUCUUCUGGAGAGUCCAUGGUUUAAUGACAUCAACAUCACUGUCAAUCACAACCAUACACUCCGCAUCCUUGCAGAAGGUCUCGACGAUGGAGAUGGAAAACAAGGCUACUAUGUUCAAGGCGUGCGCAUAAACGGUAAGGAAUGGAUUCAAAACUGGUUCGAGCAUGAUGACGCAGAUGGAAUCAUGACAAACGGCGGCGAGAUCUUGUUCAAUCUUGGAACCGAGCAGAAAGCUUGGGACACUGGAGACGUACCCCCGAGUCCUGGACACCAAGUUGUCGACAUGGGGAUGAGAUGA